AACUGUUAUAUAGCCUGCCCCCCCCCCAGCUGCACCGCCUCCAAGGGGCUGAUGGGAUUUCCAGAUCUAUCACUGGGCUCAUUAAGGCAUUGGGUUGUAAGUAGCAAACUAAGCUGCAGCAGAGGAAGAAGGGAGAAAAGAAGGGGGUUCGGUAGUUGGAGCCAUAUCACAUGGGACGUUGCACUAAACUAACUGCUUGGUUGCCCUGACCCUAUGCACCAGAAUAACAAGUAGGCACCAGGAGGAUUAGUGACCAACCACAAAUGGCAUUUUCUAUACAGAUAUAAUUAGUCCCCCAAAUACAUUUUUUCGAUAAGUCUUAAAUCAAGUUUAAAGAAUAGUUUAGAGACCCAAAAUUACAAAAAGCAAGUUUUGACUUUUUUAAAUCUGUUCACAACCAGUGAAUACUUCCCAAUGGCUGAUGUGGUGGAAACCUCACCACAGCCUUCUUUGUUUGCUCCCACUGAGGCAAUUCCAGAUGAAACCCCUGAGCUUGUCUCCUGCAUUUUCAAGCAGGUUACCAGCACCCCGUUUACAUUCACUGGAAGGGCAAACUGUGAACUUACACCGAUCAAUAACAUGAAGAGUAAAUGCAACUUCUUAGAGUCAAAGAGGAGUCAGGACUUGCAACAUAUGGAGAGUCCCAUGCAGUACAGAAGUUUUUUCUUGGCAGAAUGUGAGGAAAUUGCAAGGCAGCUGCAGAGCAAAGAGCCAGAGGAAUGUAAUAGAAGUAAGCGGAAAAUUGAAGCAUUGGAUAUUUCAACCAUUGAGGCUGAGCCUCCACCCUUUCUCUGUACACCCAAGUCCACACUGGAUGACACUAAGUCUAGUGCCAAAAAAAGACGGCUGGAUCUGUUAGAGUACAGUAGCAAAGGGAAGUUCAAUCAUUAUGUUCCAUAUUGUGAAAGUCCCAUCCCAAUAUGUUUGCUGUCCAAAUCAAAGGAAUCUAUACCAGUUACUUGGAUGGGUAAUGACCAAUACAAGCCUAAUGAGUCCCCUCUUUUGAAAGAGACACUUGACACCAAUCAAGCAUACCCAAAACUUACCACUAAUGAAAGGAAAAAUAUGCCUCUCAUUUCCAUCAAGGAACUAGAGUUCGAGUCCUCCAAUAAAUGUAUAACGCUUGAUGGGGAAGAUAUACAAUUUAAGAAUAGUUGUUACUUUGCUUAUCGGACCCAGCAAACUCUUCUGCAAACCCCAGAGAUCAAAACCUAUGGUGCCGCUAGAUGUGAAGGGAUCACCAUUGGCUUAAAUAGCAAGCAUACUGGAAGACAAAAGAAGGAUAUGGUUGGCAAAGACAGACACCCCAUUCCCUAUGAUCGUUCUCCCCUGAAAGUAAAGAUAGCCUUUGAACUUACCAAAACCUUCUCACCUUUAGAAGGCAGGAACGUCAAGGAGGGGCCAAGUAUCCUUGGUGUAAGCCUACUAGAUCUGGAAAAGAUGAAUAUGGAAGAACAUGAUGGCACUUGCAAAAAGGAUACAUCUGUCAGUAAAGAUGGAGUCUCCGAGUCAGAUGUUCUACUAAAUACUACAGUAAGCAUUGAGAAGCAGGAACAACAAAGACCAGAGGAGAAGAGGGCUGCCAGUAACAUAAAGUUCAUAGAAAAGUCCCAUAUGCUCAAUAAACCCUUUGAAAGAAAUAAAAAUAUCAUGAAUGAGAAUCCGAACUUGAAGAUGUGUGCAAUACUUAACAAUACUGUGACCUUUACAGAUCACUUAGGAAUGGACACAAGUUCGUCCAAAACACUGAGCAUUAGCCAUAACAAAUUACGGUCCCUGAAUUCUUGUGCUGUUGAUAUUAGACCUAAUGUCAUACAAUUCAUGCCAGCAAGUCUUUGUGGAAAUACCACUAAAAAUAUAAUGGACACUAAAGCCACGAAGGAAAAUGUAGCUGCUCAUGAUACUGUGUUAAUAGAUGAUGGCAGGGCUGCAAAAGUACAGUUCAGUACAGUGGUUUCAAUAAAUACCACACAGGACAUUGUACCAAUGCAGAACAAAAUAGCUCCAAACAACUCUGCACAGGGCAUGAAAAAAUGGACUACAGGUAGCAAAAUUGCCUUAAACACUACCCAUGAUAUUGUGUUAAAGCAUCCUGUAAUAACAACCAGCAAUGGCUUCCAGGAAAAUAUCUCCAGUUUCAAUAAUGCACCAGCAGGCAAUGCUGCAAAGACCACUCAGUCAACAUGUAAUGACAUAGAUGCAGCCAAUGCUACGCAAGACAUCAUCUCUAAUCAUUGCAAAGUAAGCAAAUCUAGUCCCAGCCAGGGAAUUGUAUCGGUUCAUGAUGGGACAAAUGCACUUAAUAUUACCCGGGACGUUGUGACAUCACAUAAUGUUUUCCACCAACCUACACUAACGUUUGGUAUGGAAACUGGCCGAACAAAACCAUCAGUACUGAGUAAGUUGAGGACCGCCCGCAGUAAGGCGGCAGUUAGACAUAAGAGACCCAAAGAAAUGAAAAGUAAUGGGUAUACCAUGGCUGGCAGAAUUGUCUUGCCCAAGAAUGGAGUUUAUGCAUCCAGUUCCAAAGAGCUAAUAAAUGAUACUGAACCAGUAGAACAUUGUAGGACGAUUAAGGAGCCUGAAAUUAUCCAAGAUGAGAGCAUAUUUUUUGAUGGUUCAUCCCCUCUUAUAACCUCCACACCCAUGCCAGGGCUUUGCAAUCACCGUUUCAUUAAAAAAUCAUUUGAAGACUCUAAGAAAGACAAUACUAAACUACCCAGCUCUGUUCUGGGGGUACAGAAAAGCACAUUGGUAGACAAUUCAGAAAAUAAACCGGUUUUAAUAAACAUCGGGCUUCAGGGAAGAACAGCAUCUCAUUGCUCCCUGGUUCCACGUUUCUCCAAGAACAGCAUACUUCCAAAGAGUGUUAAAGCUUUCAGGAAGCCACAACCUCCUUCUAAUUCUUUGGCCAUUUCCGCUCAAGCACCAGUUAUAGCCUCAAAGGUAGAAAGAUCACCAGAGAAGCAAGUAAGCACUCAAAAAGAAAUUGUGGUUUCUAGUAAAAAGUUAAUCCAAAAUGUUCCAGAAACAUCAAAGGUGGAUGCUCCUCCGAGCCAGACCACAGAAAGCUGCUUUAGGACUCCUAGCAUUGCAGCUGCAAAGACCUCCGGUAUUAAGAUGUCCAAAUUGCCCCUUGGUUCAUCACUGGUCAAGCCAUCUUCCCGGCUGUGCCCACCUUCCAGUGGAAAGUUUUCAUUCGGUGCUUCAAGCUCUUCUACUGCACUUCAGAAAGCAGCAUUUGGUUUCAGAAUCUCUGACCGUCCAACUGCAUCCACUGGUAUACCUAUAAGGAAUCAUGGGCUUGUUUCAAAUGGAGUUGGUAGAGGUGUGGAAUAAUUAUGGCAUCACAAGAAAUACCCCCGUUACAACCUUCUCAUUAAGAAAAAAGAAUUUUGAGCCAUUGUAGACGUCCUACAUGCUGCAUAUAGAUCUCCACUGAAUCCAAAACUAGUAGUGUAUGGGCCAGUUUUUUCCCCAAAAUUUCAGGAACAUGAUCUGUUUUGUCUUAAAGAUGAACAUCAGAGAGGCUUCCAAAAGGUGCCCCUAAAAAUGUACUGCUACUCCAACACUUCUAGUCCAUAUAGACUUUUUUUUUUUUUAGUCUAUGUCCUUUAACAUUCUCUUUUAAUUGUCUUAUUUCUCCAUAGAAAAACUCUGUUUAACUACAGUGAGUGUGUAUGUAUUUGUGUUUCGUCUAUCCAAAGUGUGAUUUAUGUCUAAUCACAGCUGGCAUUAUGCAGCGACAUGAAAAGUACAUCCUUUUUUAUUUUUUAAAUUUUAAUUUUGAAAUUUAAGAGGGCCAAAUUCUAUGUAUAAUUAAUGAAGUUGUUUGCCAUGUUUUAGCCUUUCCUUGUUGUGUGUGUGAUUGUGUGUGUGAUUGUUCCGUAAAAUGUCUAAAGUAUGUUUUAAAUUUAAAAUAAAAA